AGGGGCAACAGAGAAGACCUCGUGGAAAAGGGUGACAGGUAAGCUGAGACUUUGAAGUUAGAGUUGAAUGGUUUUAGCUACACCUGGAUUUAUCAGCCUUGGUGUUGACACUUUGGGCCAGAUGGUUCUUUGCUGUGCAUUGUAGGAUGUUUAAUACCAUCUCUGGUCUCUACCCACUAGAUACUAGUAGUACCCUUUCCCCUCACUUGUAACAACAAAAAAUGUUUCCAGGCAUUGCCAAAUGUCCCUGGGCGACGUGGGCAAAAUUGCCCUAGGGUGAGAACCACUGAGCUAGAGUAAAGAGUUCUGCAGCAGAAUCCAGGUGUGAGAAAGCUGCAUUCAGAAAAGGCUGUAUGAAGGUGAGUUUAUAGCAGAUAAAGCUAGGUAGGUUCACAUAUCAGAAAGGGCCUUGCAUACCAUGCUAAACAGUUGGGUGUCCUGUAGAAAGAUUUUAAGGAGCUGAGUUGUGUUACAUGUUUGUUAAAACAGUGUCUCUAGGGGUAUAUUAGUUUCAUAGGGCUCCUGUAACAAACCAUCACUGGGGAGCUUAACAACAGAAAUUUAUUCUCUCACAGUUACAGAGGCCAGAGUCCAAAAUCAGGAUGUGGGCAGAGCCAUGUUUUCCUAGCUUCAGGUCGUUCACUGACUGUCCUUGGCAUUGCUUGGCUUGCAGAUGUAUAACUCCGCUCUACCUCUAUAGUCACUUAGCCCUCUUCUGUGUCUUCAUAUAGCCUUCUCUUUGUGUGUGUUGAUCUCUGUGUCUCUCUUCUUAAAAGUGCACGACUUGUAUUGGAUAAGGGGCCCAGCACCUGAUUCCAGUAUAACCUCUUCCAGUAUGUUAACUUGAUCACAUCUGCAAAGACCCUAUUUCCAAAUAAGGCCACAUUCACAGGUACCAGAGGUCAUGACCGCAACAUAUGUUUUUGGAGGACAGAAUUCAAACUACAGCAGGCAGCUUUGUGGAACACAGACAGGAUAAAAGCUACCCAGAGGCAAGAAGACCGCUUACCUCUGCGACUACAGGCAAGAGAUGUGUCUAAUAGCAGAUAAAAGCCAGAGUCACAUAACCCACAAAGAAAUGGACCCUGUAAUCGAAGUCUUUGGACCUCAGGUCUUGUAUCUGAACCUCACUCUUCAACAAGUACAGAUGUGUUCUCUGUUAGGUAUUGUCAAUAAUGGUCCUCUGAUGUUCUUGGAGUCUAUCAAUAAGAUAAAAGAUACAGGUGAUGGUGGGGCAUCCGGGGUCCUUGGAGGUGCGGGACGCGUGCUCCAACCAGGAUUCUAGAGCUCAAGAUGAGCUCAAUAGUAGAGGCAGUUGGCCGUGAGACAGCGGGGAGAUGGGGAGCACAGGCAGGAUAAUGAGUGUUAGGUGGAGAAGACGGGAGUACUCACACAGUACUCGACAGCACCUUGAGGUAGAAAAUGUGGCAAUUAGUCUAAUCUGUUGAGAGCAGGACAGGCUGAGAGGUGAAAUGUGUAGAAACAGUACAGAAAAUUGGCAGCUCUGAAGACCAGCCAAGGUGACACGCAGGAUUUCAAUUAGAUGCAUCUGCCUGAUUUCCUGACUUUGUUUAACCAUGUUCCCCAUGCCCAAGGAGAGAAAACAGGAAAGGGGUUAUUCCCCAGAUGGCUUUGGCCUGAGGAGGUACAGAGUCACUUCUGAAAGAGUAGGCAGGCUCUCGUGAAUGACAGAGCCAUGAAGUCUGUGUCCUGGUAGGGAACUUUUGAGACAUCGUAGUAAAUACUGUGACCUCUGACGUCCCUAAUGCUGUCAUUUUCUCUUCCUAAAGAAGUACCCUUAAAGAAGAGGCCCUCGGAAGGUUCUUCUCUUAAGGAGGUAAAGGUGAUAGAAACGAGCCUCCUGAGCUUUUCCGGCCCUACAUGGCUGCUGAGUCAAGAAAGCCUUUAGCUCCCUCCCCAGCAGACCGGGCUCCUGAAGAGGACCUUGUGAUCGUCAAGGUAGAGGAAGAUCACGGCUGGACCCCGGAGCCUAGUCGGCAUGGGAAGCAUCCCGCUGACCAAGAGCUGUCCCGCCUGCGCUUCCGGCAGCUCUGCUACCAGGAGGUUCCGGGGCCCCGCGAGGCGCUGGCCCAGCUCCGGGAGCUCUGUCAUCAGUGGCUGCGGCCCGAUUUGCACAGCAAGGAGCAGAUGGUGGAGCUGCUGGUGCUGGAGCAGUUCCUGAGCAUCCUGCCCGGGGAGCUCCAGGCCCUGGUUAAGGAGCAUCAGCUGGACAGCGGGGAGGAGGUGGUGACCCUCCUGGAGGACCUGGACAGGCAGAUUGAUAUACUAGGACGGCCAGUCCCCGCUCGUGCACAUGGACACAGGGUCCUCUGGAAGGAGGUGACGCGCUCAGAGUCGGCACCAGAUGCUCAACUGCAGCCUGUGGCGGCCCAGCAUGCACCUCCAGGCCUCCUGGGGCCACGUGACAGAGCUCUGUCCACUUCUCCGAGUCCCACCCCUUCCCAGAACGGAAGUCCUGGAGACCAGAUGACAGCUACACUUCUAACAGCAGGUUUUCAGACUCUGGAGAAGAUUGAAGACAUGGCUGUGUCCCUAAUUCGAGAGGAGUGGCUUCUUGAUCCAUCACAGAAGGAUCUGAGGAGAGAUAACAGGACAGAGAAUUACAGAAACAUGUUCUCCCUGGGUGGUGAAACCAGAAGUGAGAACAGGGAAUUAGCUUCAAAACAGGUAGCAUCAGCCGGAGUCCAGCCACAUGGAGAGACAGCUGCCAGAUGCAAUGGGGAUGUUACCGGGGCUCUUGAGCAUGGAGAAGCCCGAGACCUUCUGGGCAGCAGAGUAGAGAGGCAGCGGGCAAAUGCCACCCAAGAGAGACGACAUAAAUGUGACGAAUGUGGGAAGAGCUUUGCUCAAAGCUCAGGCCUUGUCCGCCACUGGAGAAUCCACACCGGGGAGAAGCCCUAUCAGUGUAAUGUGUGCGGGAAAGCCUUCAGUUACAGGUCAGCCCUUCUCUCCCAUCAGGAUAUCCACAACAAAGUCAAGCGCUAUCACUGUAAGGAGUGCGGGAAGGCCUUCAGUCAGAACACAGGCCUGAUCCUGCACCAGCGGAUCCACACUGGGGAGAAGCCCUACCAGUGCAGUCAGUGCGGGAAGGCCUUCAGUCAGAGCGCGGGCCUGAUCCUGCACCAGCGCAUCCACAGUGGGGAGAGGCCAUAUGAGUGCACUGAGUGUGGGAAAGCCUUCAGUCACAGCUCUCACCUCAUUGGCCAUCAGAGGAUCCACACUGGGGAGAAGCCCUAUGAGUGUGAUGAGUGUGGGAAAACCUUCAGGCGGAGCUCACACCUCAUUGGCCAUCAAAGGAGCCACACUGGGGAGAAGCCCUACAAGUGCAAUGAGUGUGGGAGAGCCUUUAGUCAGAAGUCGGGCCUGAUUGAACACCAGAGAAUUCACACUGGGGAGAGACCCUACAAAUGUAAAGAAUGUGGGAAGGCUUUCAAUGGGAACACUGGCCUCAUUCAGCAUCUGAGAAUCCACACAGGGGAGAAGCCCUAUCAGUGUAAUGAGUGUGGGAAGGCCUUCAUUCAGAGGUCAAGUCUCAUUCGACAUCAUCGAGUCCACAGUGGAGAAAAAUCUGAAUCUGCAGGAGUUUAGGGAAAAACUUGAGUCAUAGUUUGGGCGUUAUCCAGUAUUCGAGAAACCACAUGCUGGUGAGAGAUCUUUCAGUAUAGUAAAAAGGCAGAAAGUUUGUCAUCGUUGCAACCUUCCAUAGGGUCAGAGCCAGGAGUGGUGGCGGUCAGAAUGGCUCAGAGUAGUUUGGGCCCAGUGCCUUGAUGCAGGUUCAUUGGUGUGACAGCCUCUUGAGGUGUCUGGUGGAGUGGAGCUCCUGUGUCCUGGUGUAGCCUUUAGAAGCUGGUAACAGCGUUAGGGCGAGUUGCUUGUGCAGCCGACGCACUGAACUCUAUCUUUUGGGUGAGUAGCUGUAGGUUUGCAAGAGGCUGCCCCUAGUUCUCUGAGUUCCCCUCUCCUGUGCGCCUGUUUCUCCCCAAAGGAGCGCUUGUGCCCCUGAUCAAUCUAAGAAGAUGCUUUAGAGUUCGAAGCAGCCUCUGUGUGAGAGACUUAGUUUGUACUUAGCUUUCUAAGAUCCUAGUUCUAUGGAAGUUCUUACAAGCACUUGAUGUGUUUAUGUUUAAGUGUGUGUUUUAUCCUAACGUUCCUGAUAGUGGAAAUCCAUAUUCCUACGCAGACUCAGAAUGCUGUAUUUUUAACAGCACUCCAGCAUUUUUCUUCACAUCCCCACCUCACUGACGCCACUGAGUCACUGAGUAUCCACACGUCCCCUUCACCACCCCAGGCCCAGAGCCCGCAUCAGCAAGGGAGUGGACACCUUAGUGAUGAUUGUGGGAGUGUGCGGAGAAAAGGGAGUGGUGGCAGCCCCCUGUCCGGAGUUUGGAUGGCUGUACCUUCUGCUGGUGACACUGGCUCUCCUGUCCACCCUCCCAUUGUGCUCUGGCCCAUGGAGGUGUUCACACUCUCCUACUUGGGGCAUCACGUGGGAGAAAGUGGAGACGGGGGCUUGAAGAAGAAAUAGAAAUCCUUACAGAGCGUGUACUCAUCCCUGUUGGCCCAUCACAGGAUCGCUCAGCUUCUGACCCGUCUGCACGAAUCCCGACUGGAUGGCUUGUCACUCUUGUCAUUGCCCUGGCCCCUCUUUAGGUGGCCUCAACACCUCACUCAUCAUUCUCCCUGUUUCUUGCUGUUGGCUUUUUAUAUCCACAGUGGUUAUGUCGAGUACUUCACCUCCCUGUUCCUCAUUCUGAAUUCUGGCACGUGCCAUCAGCAAUCAAGCAGACUAUGAAACGCAUCAACACCAGGACCAUAUUCCAUCUUUGAGGCUUUCAGUGAAACUCCAGGGGACACUGAAAUAAUGAGGCUGGUUCUGCAGUCAUAUGCCAGAGCUUGCACACACUUUUAGUUGGGUAUUUGUGACUAUUCCAGUAGUGCUACCACUGUCUCACGUAUUGGGGACACUCAGAACUCCCAUUUACUAAACCAUGCAUGAAAGUGCUACAGUAGUCUUGAGUCACAUCUUAUUUCUGACUGUUUGAUUACCCACUUGUUCACCAGAUUUGGAAUUGAGUAACUUGCCUAUUUCCAGAGUCACCUUUCAUACUUGGAAUUAAUUGAUUCCAUUAAUCCUGUUCAGAACAAUAUAAUAUACUUUCUGAUGAAAACUCCAAGAGAACUUGCAUAACUUCGCACUGUGAAUAUUCUGAACAGAGACAACACUUAUUAAUCAAGGUAUUUUAUAUUUGAUGUUUUUAAAAAUCAGUCAUAAAUUUUCACAUCAUAGAGGUCUACCUUUUGGAUCAUAAAUUCCUUCCUCUUGACAUGCUUUGUCUACCCCUCUUUGGGCCACCUUCACCACUAACACUAUCAACGUUAACUAUACCUGUUGAGUUAUUGGUACCCACUUGUCGUUUGUCAUCCUGGUUUCCCUGGUUAUCGUCUUCAAUAUGGUGCUUAUUCUCCCUUCCCUUUCUCUCCCCCCCCCCCCACCUUUAGAUUACCAUUCGUAAUUCAUUUGUAUUUGAACUUUCCAGUAACCAGAAACUAAUAAAUCUGGUUGUCUCUAGAUCCUUGCUCUCUGCUUCAGUUGUGCCUUACCCUCUGUAAGAUACUAAUAAUGCAAACAUUACAUAGGAUGGGCACAUUGUCAGGGAGAAUAUGUGUGUGUGCACGCACACGUAAACAUAUCCUUCUCCCAUGUGGUCUAGAGGAACACUUGUCUGCUAUACUAGUGAAAGCUCUGAGCAGAGCAACAUUUGAAAUAACUAGAUGUACCUGCUAACAUCUCUUGACUCAGUAAAGUGUGGCCAGAUUACUUAAAUCUCAGAAUAUUACUAAGCAUCUGGCAGAAACUCAGGAAAGAAGAUAAGACCAGAAAGAUCAGUGUUUUACUGGGUUGGGUGAAUGUGAGAAAAGACUGACUGUCACGGGUGACUCAACACACCUACAGAAAUGGCCCAGUAGCGUAAGACGGUAGAAAAGGCUGUUGUCUGCAUGGGGCACUCCAGUUCUCACACUUCGGCUGUUGAUCGGUCUCUCUGACCUUGUUUUGAGCUGCUAUCAGAAAUGCACCAAGUUCCUUUAUCCUGCAGGUUCUGUUUUUCUGUUCUUAAUCUGAUAUGAACUGUCCACCAGUACUGUCUUCUCGCAUCCUCACCUUCUCGUUUUAGGACCUGGAAAGAUAAAAGUGGUUCCUCCCUGGAGCAAGGUGGCAGUGCCAGGAUGUGGCUGGCUCCCACACGGAGCACUUAGCGUCACUCUUGGUUCUGCAGCUCUAGAGAAUAAUGGCUGGUAUUUAUUGAGCACGUGCUGUGUACCAAACCUUGUGUUAAGCUGUGAUAGAUAUUGUUACAUCCCCCAUUUUAUAGACAAGGAAACUGAGGCUUAGGGAGCUGACUGAGCUUACCGUGAUCGCACAGCUCUACGUGAGGGAGCAGAGCUAAGCUUUUGCCGUCAGCCUGAUGACACCGUAACCCUGGCCUGCCGUUUCACAGUUACGCACCCCUACUUACAGGAGGUGCUGGGGACCGGGAUGUGCAGUAGGAAGUCCAUUACCAUUACUGGGAGAUUGGUUGAGAAUGUCAUUUUUGUUUAUAAUUACACCUUUAAAUGUUGAUACUUUUGAUGCUUUGUAGUACUAGAAAACUAACUUGUGUAAGUAAAACAUGUUUAAAAGAAUAACUGGGAGGAUAAAGCAAUAACUUACAGAUUCAAAUACAUUUCUCUGUAAACUGCCCCAGGGAGGGAAAUGAGGUCUCCAUGCAGCAGGCCAGAUGGAUGCACAAUUAGAAUGACAACAGUAAGUUCAUCAAUAGCAUCAAAUGUGGAAAAUCUUCCAUUUACUGCCCAGUUCCUUGUGCCAUUCUAUUUCUUGUAUCAGUCAUGCGAUUUUAAACGAGUCAUCCAUGUUCCAUCCAUGUCUUCAUUAAUCUAUUCUAGAAACUUCUCCUUAACUGGCUUAACAGCACGCCAUUGAAAUGUCCUCAGAGCCACCAGUGGAUAAAUGUUAAUGCCUUUUCUUAGUUCUUGUCUUUCUAGAUCUGUAUUUCAUAUUAUUGAAUUUCCCCCGUGUCUCAAGAAUUGUCUUCUUUGGCUUGUGAUAUCGUUUUUGGUCAUUUUCUCCAAUUUCUAGAUUUUCUUUAUUUGUUUUUUCCUGCUAUGCUCUAAGAAUAAUCCCUAUAUCUUCAUUUUAUUCACCACUUUUUUUAAUACUCAUAUGUAUCCAUUUUGAUUAACACUUACCUUCUAUAUUUCAGUAACUUAACAUUUCCCUCCCUGUGUGUUGUCUGUUGACUUGUCAACUUUUCCACAGCUCCCUAUACAACUUGGUAUUUGAAAACAGAACUCAUCACUGUUGUCCCACUACCCCCAUUUUCCUUUUAAAUAGGCAUCAUUGCUAAUUCCUUGACCCUCACUUCCCUUUGUUUCUUAUGCCUGUCUUGGAGUUGCCUUUUAGUCUUGUUCGUUCUGCUUUCCAUUCUCCAUGCCUCAAAUCUUGCUAAGUUGUUCCAAUUCUUAGUUUUCUUCUUGAGUCUAGGUCGUUUACAUUUCUGCCAUCCCUUCGUAGUCCUCCAUGCAGAUCCAUAUUCUCUAGGGCCCAGGUUAUUGUACUUCUUUCUUUCCAGUCUCCUUGCUCUCGAGAUCCCCAUCUUGUUUGCAUCAAAGAUGACCCUUCUCAAACUCCAUUUUCAUGAUGUCUCACUUUCAUUCAAGAAAACAGCAUAUAAUUGCAAUCAGCACCAUGAUGUUCCAAGUUCUCUGUUACUUUGCCCUCCAUGCUUAAUCUGCCUCAGCCUCAUUGCCCAGCAUACUUACUCUCAGUCCUCACAUUCACACUUCUUGUGGCCUUCCACUACUGUCUUAGAAGCCCUAGCCUCUGUGCCUUUCCCUUGCUAUUCCUUUUGCUUAGAUUGCUUUGGCCCCAGCUCCUGUUCACUACCUUCAAAGCCUAGUUUCCUUCAUAUCUUCUGAGUGAGCGAUCCCUGACUGACCUCACCUCACACUAACACCAACCUUUUUCUCUGCCUCAGCACUGAUCCUUUGAAUUUCUGCUGUGGUCCAUGUUGCUUUGUAAUUAUUUCCUAGCGGUCUGUAAUGUAGUUUCACAUUUGUAUUUAUUUCCAAAAUUAAAUUGUAAGCUCCUUGAGGGCAGGAAUAAUUUUACAUUGUAUCUCUGCACCCCCCUAGUGCCUAGUAUGGUGCUGAGCACACAGUAGGUGUUUAAUAAAUGCUUGUCGAGUUGUGUGGAUUAUUUAUGGUGUUAUCUACAGAAAUUUUGACACUUUUUCAAGGAUGUAUCUCUCUUCCUACCACUUUGUGCACAGACCUAUUUCCAUAAUACAUCAGUAACUGCUUAGACCUAAGAAUGAGGCCAAAAAAAUACAAUUUUAGGAGGGUGUGUGUGAAAAGUUAAAAUAUGAAGCUCUCCAUUUAUUUGGCCAGAUCUAUUGGUUAAGAAAGAAGAAAAGGAAACACUGAAGAUUAAAGUGUUAUCAUUGCAAAAGCACUUAAGGAUAAGCUUUUGUAUCUGAAGUUAGACAGUGCUUCUCAACUGGGGCAAUUCGGCAGUGUCUGGAGACAUUUUGGAUGGCCAGGAUGCUCCUGGCAUGUAGUAGGUAGAGGCUAGGGGUGCUCCUCAACAUCCUGCAUGCACAGGACACACCAAAAACUUAUCCCAUUCCUUGUGUUUGAUAGUGCCAUGGUUGAGAAGCCCUGGUCUGCAUAUAUUUAAGGUAUGUAGUGAAAAAGACAAGAAAUACUAGCAUUGCAAUUAGAAAAAUUAGCUAUGCUAAGCUUUACAAGAACCCUAGGUGUGUAUUUUGUAAUUUGUAAGGUUAUUUUUAAAAAAAGCCUUAAUGUUUGGAGUUCACAACAACAUACAUGUCAGAAUGAUGGCAAACAAUAAAAUUGGUGGUGUUCUAAGUCUUC